UCUGGUGGUGGCCAAAACUUCCAUGCAGGGUCAUAUGUAGAAGCAUCAAGGACAACCACCUCUUCUAGAGAUGAGCCAUCAAUGAGAAAUGCCAGUGACAUGGAGACAGAGUGGACAGAGCAUGACGAACCUGGAGUGUAACUUACAAAUAGGCAAUUAGCUGAUGGAACAAGGGAUCUUCUCCGUGGCAGAAUCAGUGGUAUCUUCUGAAGCUAUGGAUCACGGUGGUGGCCAAAUCUUCCAUGCAGGGCCAUCUGUAGAAGCAUCAAGGAUAACCACCUCUUCUAGAUAUGAGCCUUCUAUGAGCAAUGCCAGUUUCAUGGAGACAGAGUGGACAGAGCUAGAUGAACCUGGAGUGCACCUUGCAAUCAGGCAAUUAGCUGAUGGAACAAGGGAGCUUCGCCGUAUCAGAUUCAAGUAAUAUAGUAUCAGGCUAGUCAAAAGCAUGCUCCAUGUUUUGUAGAGAUUCCUCCACAAAAAGAUGUUACAUGCAUGUUCCUUCACAAAAAUAUGAUCCUACGAACAUGUACUUGAUUUGGUGAAAUGAUGAAAUGCUCCUAGAUUGCAUGUUACCAAAUUUCAUUAAAAUUAAAAUUUUCAUCU